CUGUGGCGGCGGCGGGGCGAGCCAUGGAGCACGUGACGGAGGGGUCCUGGGAGUCGUUGCCCGUGAGGCUGCACCCACGGGUGCUGGGGUCGCUGCGGGAGCUGGGUUUCCCGCACAUGACGCCGGUGCAGUCUGCAACCAUCCCUCUGUUCAUGAAGAACAAAGAUGUCGCGGCAGAAGCGGUCACGGGGAGUGGCAAAACACUAGCCUUUGUCAUCCCCAUCCUGGAAAUUCUUCUGAGAAGGGAAGAGAAGUUAAAAAAGAAUCAGGUGGGAGCCAUCAUUAUCACACCUACGCGGGAGCUGGCUGUGCAGAUAGAUGAGGUCUUGGCACAUUUCACUAAGCCCUUCCCCCAAUUCCGUCAGAUUCUCUGGAUUGGAGGCCGGAAUCCAGCUGACGAUGUUGCCAGGUUUAAGGAACAUGGUGGAAACAUUGUGGUGGCGACCCCUGGCCGCCUGGAGGACAUGUUCCGAAGGAAGAUGGAGGGCUUGGACCUGGCCAGCUGUGUGCGGUCCCUGGAUGUUCUGGUGCUGGAUGAAGCAGACAGACUUCUGGACAUGGGGUUUGAGGCAAGUAUAAACACUAUCCUGGAGUUUUUGCCAAAGCAGAGGAGAACGGGCCUUUUCUCCGCUACGCAGACACAGGAGGUGGAGAACCUGGUGCGGGCUGGUCUCCGGAACCCCGUGCGCAUCUCAGUGAAGGAGAAGGGUGUGGCAGCCAGCAGCACCCAGAAAACCCCCUCCCGCCUGGAGAACCACUACAUGGUCUGUAAGGCGGAUGAAAAAUUCAACCAGCUGGUUCAUUUUCUUCGAAACCAUAAGCAGGAGAAACACCUCAUCUUCUUCAGUACCUGUGCCUGUGUGGAAUACUACGGGAAGGCUCUGGAGGGCCUAGUGAAGAACGUGAAGAUAAUGUGCAUUCAUGGAAAGAUGAAAUACAAGCGCAAUAAGAUCUUCAUGGAGUUCCGCGGAUUGCAGAGUGGGAUUUUGGUGUGCACCGACGUGAUGGCCCGUGGAAUAGACAUCCCUGAAGUAAACUGGGUCUUGCAGUAUGACCCUCCCAGCAGCGCCAGUGCCUUCGUGCAUCGCUGUGGCCGCACUGCCCGCAUCGGCCGUGGGGGCAGCGCGCUGGUGUUUCUCCUUCCCAUGGAAGAGUCCUACAUCAAUUUCCUUGCAAUUAACCAAAAAUGCCCCCUGCAGGAGAUGAAACUCCAAAGAAACACAGUCGACCUCCUUCCAAAGCUCAAGUCCAUGGCCUUGGCUGACAGAGCUGUAUUUGAAAAAGGCAUGAAAGCAUUUGUGUCGUAUGUCCAGGCCUAUGCGAAGCACGAAUGCAGCCUCAUCUUCAGACUGAAGGACCUUGAUUUUGCUAGUCUUGCUCGAGGUUUCGCCCUGCUGAGGAUGCCCAAGAUGCCGGAACUGAGAGGGAAGCAGUUUUCAGACUUUGUGCCUGUGGAUGUUGACACAGACACCAUUCAAUUUAAAGAUAAAACCAGAGAGAAGCAGAGGCAGAAACUACUGGAACAGAGGAGGAAAGAAAAGACAGAAAAUGAAGGAAGAAAAAAAUUUAUAAAAAAUAAAGCGUGGUCAAAGCAAAAAGCCAAAAAGGAAAAGAAGAAAAAAAUGAAUGAAAAAAGGAAACGGGAAGAGGGUUCUGAUAUUGAAGAUGAAGACAUGGAGGAACUUCUUAAUGACACAAGACUCUUGAAGAAGUUUAAGAAAGGCAAAAUUACUGAAGAAGAGUUUGAGAGGGGGUUGUUAACAAGUGGCAAAAGGACCAUCAAAACAGCAGACCUUGCCGUGUCAGACUUGGAAGAUGCCUGCUGACUCCAGGCUGCAGGGAGAGCACAAGUGUGCAGGAAUGUCUGUCUCUUCUGGCCCCGCUCAGCAGACUGUCCCUGUUGGCUCUUGCUGGUCACUCAGCAGACCCUAAGAGGAGCCAUUCUUUCAGACUGAAGUGAUGGGGACUGCAUAUUCAGGAAUGUUUUACUGCAAGCCUUGAAGUAUAACAAGAAAAUGGGACAUUGUUGGGGUGAAAUGGGUCACUUAUUUUUACAGAGCUCAUUUUUUUUUUGUGGCUGUCUUAUUAUACGUUUUUAAUACAAGGAUACUGGAGUACAUUCAACUUUAGCUUUGUCAGAUUCAAGGCCCCUGAUCUUGCUCUGGUGUCCUUACCCAGGCAGAGGGUGGAUGAUAUAUCUAGGUCUUUUCUAAGAAUAGCCCUCAGUGCUGUUUUAUUGUUGAGUAUUUGAAAAGCAGAAGCAACAAACUAUGUUCUGGAAAAGAUCCUGCCUUUUGAAUAAACAGUGUUCUUCUAGGUGACUGUGUCUC